AUGAAAUGGACCGCAGACACUUUCCUGAUUGUGGCCUCUGCUGCAGUCGUGACCGCCCAGAUCCUCUUUCGCUGUGCCUACCGCCUCACUCGCCGUCCUAUCCGGCAAGCAUGGUAUCGGGACGAUAGUUGGAUGGCCGUCUCCUUCUUCCCUCUCAUCGCGCGUACCGUGUGUAUAGCAUGGUACUUCGAGCUGCGCCGCACAGACACUCCGGAUCACCAGGUCUUGUCCAAGAAACUAGUCGUGCCGUCGCGCCUGACAUAUGCAAUGUUCAUCUGGUGCAUGAAGCUAUGUCUGCUUCAGUUCUACUCGCGGCUGGAAAACGGCUCCAACAAGGUCUAUCGAGCGAGGCAGGCGCUUUGGUGUUUCCUUGUGGUCAGCUUUCUGAUUAUAUUCCUCGCUACCAUGCUUGAAUGCAGACCGUUGUCUUUAUACUGGGCCCCAACCACACAUGCAUGCCAGAAAGGUGCUAAAAACCUUUUGAUUAUGGCAAGCUUCAAUAUAGCUACCGAUGUUGCAUUGAUCCUCUUUCCGAUCCCAAUGCUUUGGAAAAUGACCUCCCUUAGCGUUCAAGCGAAAGUGCAACUUACGUUGUUAUUCCUGUUUGGAACUGUUGUAAUCAUAAUCACAACCACGCGCCUACCGCUCAUAUUUGUAAACUCCUACUCCCAAACAUCUCGCACUAUGUGGGCGUCGAUAGAGAUUGUGGGCGCCUCCGUUGUCGCCAAUGCCGCGUUCUACUAUGCCUUGUGGAAAGACUUUUUCCGGCGGCGUAAAAAUAACUCUCACUCGGUGCCACUUGUGCCAUACUUUUUCCCGUCUGAGACCUCGCGACCCGCAAGCCAAGCCGUGUGCUUGGGGUCGGACCAGCAGUCGGAGCCUGCGACAAGCUCCGAUAACACAGACCAGGCUGGUAAGAGCGAACUAGGUCUUGUGGAGGCAGGAUAUAAAAGUACAGAACCAUAG